AUGGUAGUUUUGUUGGAGCCUUUCCAGAAUUUUGAUAAAGCUCAAUCUUACAUGCAGGCUCUUCACUUCGAUAAUGUAUUAUCUAAUGAAGAAGUUGGUGGGAAAAUAUGGGUCUUGUGGAUGAAUGAUUUAACUGUGCAAAUUAUUCGGAUGACAUCACAGUUCUUGUCUUUAAAUAUAGUUGAGGGUCAGUUUCAGUUUUUGGCUAACUUUAUCUAUGCAAAGUGUAAUAUGAUGGAUGGGCGGGUUUUAUGGGAGGACUUGAGGUGGAAUAGUCUGAGUGAGGAUCCUUGUUUGUUUGCUGGCGAUUUUAACAUUAUUCGUACAGAUUUGGAAAGGAGGGGUGGUAGAUCAAGGCCAAUAGCUGCUAUGGAUGAUUUUAACCGAUGGAUUCAUGAGGGUGGAUUGAUUGAUUUAAGUUCACAUGGUAGUAAAUUCUCUUGGUGUAAUGGUCAGUGUGGAUUAGCUAGAGCUUGGGCUAAGCUGGAUCGUGUUUUAUUUGAAUCUAAUUUAAUGUCUACUUUCCCUAAUGCGACUUGUUCGUAUUUACCGAGGACGACUUCGGAUUAUUGUCCCAUGCUGAUAGAAUUUCUUAAGGAUCCUUAUUCCUAUGGUCCUCCUCCAUUUAGAUUUCAGCAAAUGUGGGUUGAGCAUCCAGAAUUUAUAGAUUUUGUAAAGUAG